AUGAUCAGUAUGGAUCUACAGGUUUUGCUUACUGAUGUACCUAUGGUCACAGCUAUUAUUUGCACAGUGUUGGCCAUGCUAUUAGGAGUAUUGGGUUACUUGUAUGGGCCCUACUGGGGUGUUAGGAAGGUGCCAGGCCCCCCAGUGUUCCCCUUGUUGGGUCACCUUCCUUUGAUGGCAAAGCAUGGCCCUGAUGUAUUUACAGUUCUUGCAAAACGUUAUGGCCCUAUUUUCAGGUUUCAUAUGGGGAGACAACCACUGAUCAUAGUAGCUGAUCCAGAGCUUUGUAAAGAAGUUGGAAUAAAGAAGUUCAAAGACAUUCCAAAUAGAAGUAUUCCUUCUCCCAUUUCAGCUUCUCCUCUUCAUCAGAAAGGUCUCUUCUUCACCAGGGAUGCAAGAUGGUCAACCAUGAGAAACACAAUACUGUCAGUCUACCAGCCAUCGCACUUAGCCAGCCUAGUGCCCACCAUGCAAUCAUUCAUUGAAUCUGCAACUGAGGAUUUCCAAUCUUUUAAAGAAGAAGACAUCACUUUCUCCAACCUCUCACUCAAAAUUGCCACAGAUGUAAUAGGACAAGCUGCAUUUGGUGUUGACUUUGGCCUCUCUAAACCACAAUCAGCCAGUGAAUCCAUCAACAGUUUCCAUAACCAAGGCAAAGACAGGAAUGAUGUCUCAGAGUUCAUUAAUCAACAUAUAUACUCAACAACACAACUUAAGAUGGACUUAUCUGGUUCCUUUUCAAUUAUACUUGGUUUACUUGUCCCAAUACUGCAGGAGCCUUUUAGACAGAUCCUUAAGCGAAUUCCGGGCACUAUGGACUGGAAAGUUGAUAGGACUAACAGGAAUAUAAGCAGCCGGCUUGAUGAGAUUGUCAGAAAGAAAAUGGAAGAGAAAAAUAGGGGUUCAAAGGACUUCUUGUCACUCAUAUUAGGUGCAACGGAAUCAGAGACUCUAGCAAAGAACGCUUUUACUCCAGACUAUAUUAGUGCAGUCACUUAUGAGCAUCUUCUUGCUGGAUCUGCUACAACAUCAUUCACAUUAUCUUCAGUUGUUUAUUUAAUUGCUCAACAUCCUGAAGUUGAGAAGAAAUUGCUUGCUGAAAUUGACGGGUUUGCUCCACAUGACCAGAUGCCAACAGCUCAUGAUCUUCAAAACAAAUUCCCCUAUCUUGACCAGGUAGUUAAAGAGGCAAUGAGGUUUUACAUUGUCUCUCCGUUAAUUGCAAGAGAAACAUCGAAAGAAGUAGAGAUAGGAGGUUAUGUUCUCCCAAAGGGCACAUGGAUCUGGUUAGCGCCGGGAGUUCUAGCAAAAGAUCCUAAGAAUUUCCCAGAACCAGGCAAGUUCAAGCCGGAGAGGUUUGACCCAAAUUGUGAAGAAGAGAAGCGAAGGCAUCCGUAUGCUCUCAUACCCUUUGGAAUAGGACCUAGAGCUUGCAUUGGCCAGAAAUUUUCCAUACAAGAAAUCAAGCUCUCACUGAUACAUUUAUACCGGAAAUAUUUAUUUCGACAUUCCCCCAACAUGGAAAAACCUCUUGAACUUGAAUUUGGCAUAGUUCUCAACUUCAAGCACGGCGUAAAGCUUAGAGUCGUUAAACGAACAUGA